AUGAAGGACUAUCAGCGUAUAAACAGGCUAUGGCUGCAACAUCCUCUGCCCUACCUUUUUUUUACCAAGUCACACUUUUACGCGGCCUACCUGUUUCUUGCAAUGGCGCCCCCUAUUGAAGCAGACAUCGUCAUCCGUGCCAAGGCCGUUCACUCGUUACAACAGUCGACUCCAGCCUAUAGGUCUCUGGCUGUCCAUGGCGGCCGCAUAUGGGCUCUGUCCAAUGAUCUACAUGGCCUGGAUGACUGCAUUGGACCUGACACCCGUGUUAUCGACGAGCCAGAGCAGACGGUGCUCCCAGCUUUUGACGACACGCACACACACAUGAUCUUUGCCGGCCUCAGUCAGUUCGACGUCCCCGUCCACCUGGCCACCUGUAUAGAUGAGCUCGUGGAUCUCCUCCGCGAGCGGGCCGCCCACACAGAGCCAGGCUCGUGGAUCACCACAACUGCCAACUGGCAAGAGUAUAAUCUCAAAGAGCGGCGCUUCCCGACCGCCGAGGAACUCGACCGGGCCUCCACCGCGCAUCCCAUCGUGCUGAGGCGCGGCGGUCACAACGUUAUCGUCAACUCUCUCGCCCUUCAGCUGGGAGGCAUCACCGUCGAUAUGCAGAGCCCACCCGGUGGCAAGAUCGGGCGAGCCGCGGACGGAAGCCUGAACGGCCAGCUGCAGGACCAGGGAAUGGUGCCGGUCCUACGCCUCAUGCCCCAGCCAAACUUCGACGACCGCAUCAGGGGCCUCGAAAGCGCUUCGGCCGCCUAUGCAGCCGUCGGCAUCGGAUGUGUGCGUGACUGUGCCGUGCCCAUCGCCGAUGUUCCCAUACUCAUGGCAACCCGCGACUCCGGGAAGCUGCACGUCCGGACCCGCGCACUGAUAUCCUCUAUCGGCUUAAUGUCCGCCAGCGCCGUCACGAGCCUCCUCAACCAGAUGGAACAGUAUCGCCACCUGCAGCACGACGACUGGCUCUCCAUCUGGGGUGUCAAGUUCUUCCUGGACGGCGGCAUCGAGGCAGGUGCCACAAAGGAACCAUACGAGGGUCGGCCGGAUGAGGGCUGCUGCGGGUUUACCGACUUCUGCGGCACCCUUAUCUGGGACCCCGACGAGAUACUCGAGGCCAUGGACGCCGUGCUUAGGCGGGGCUGGAGGAUCGGCACCCACGCGUAUGGUGACCGGGCCGUCGAGGUCCUACUAGACGUUUACGGGCGCCUUCAACAGAGGCACCCUCACCUGGCCGCCGGAACCCUCGUUAUGGAGCACGGCGGUCUCGCCGACCCGGGGGCCCAGGCCCGCACCGUUGACAUGGGCAUCCCCGUGACUAUCCAGCAGCCUCUGCUCCACGACGUCGCCGCCAUUCAGUCACUCUACUUUGGUAAGGAUCGCACCGCGCGCCUCUUCCCGGCCCGCGGCUGGCUAGACGCCGGCGCCCUUAUCGGCGGCGGCUCAGACUACCCGGUGGGAAGGUUUGGCGCGAUGCGCUCCGUCUGGGGCAUGACCACACGCGAGACGGUCGCUGGCGUCAUGGGCCUCGAGCAUGCUAUUACAUCAGACGAGGCCGUAGCCCUGCACACCACCAUGGCCGCAGAGCUACUCCGUGAGAGCGACGUCCGCGGAGACAUCGCGCCCAGCAAGUUCGCCGACUUAACCAUUUGGCCGCGGGAUCCCCUGUCGGAGAAGAACCUGUACAACCUACGAGACCUCGAACCGACGUAUACUAUUAUUGGCGGUUUUUAA